AUGGGAGUUCUCACCAUUUACCUUGACAAAUGCACCAACCUGCCCAAUGCGGAUCUCAUGACUGCCAGUGAUCCUUAUGUUCGCUUUGAAUUGGAACAGGACAAUUGGAUCAAGGAUGUGGAUUACGGAUUUCAAAAGUCGAGUAUCAAGAACGACAAUCUCAAUCCAGUCUACGGAGAAUCCUUCACCUUUAACAUCCCCACGCUCGACAAUAUGGUAUUGACCUGCAAGAUCAAAGAUGAUGAUACCGGUAGUUUUGAUGAUAAGUUGGGAUGGUGCAAAAUCAAUUUGGAAAAGUUGGGAUUGACGGAAACUCCCAUGGAAAUUGACCGUGUGGUCGACAGAAAUGUGAUUACCGCCAAUGGAAAGAUCUUUUUGAAGCUUUCCUACAAAGCCUAG